UAUAUGUUUUUGGUAUUCAAAUGUUCUACUAAGCUUUUGCUAGAUUUUUCAUUCAUUAAUUAUCAGAAAAGUAUUACUAAAAGGUUUUAUGACUAAAAAGAUUUAAUCAAAUUUUCAAUGAAUUUUUUUCUUUUAAAGAUUUUUUCUAUCUCAAAAGGGUGGCUGACCAACCUGUCAUUUUCCAUUUCCCAUUUUGGAUUACAAUGGAAUAUUUAUCUUUUCAAGCUUAUUACUCAAGUUCUCUAACUAUGAAAAAUGAUUCUUUAUUUUUCUUAGGUUCUCUAAUUGUUGAGACAAGUCACAUGCUUAUCAUAAUAGGCUUUUACUCCUACAAAAAGUUGCUAGUAGUUGCUUGUCCAACUUUGGAUUCUUUUACUCUAUUUUCCUGUUUUGAGAAAUUGCUUUCACUAACAUGAUUCUCUCAUCUUGAGAAUUCAUGUCCUUUUUGUAUAAUUUAGAUGCCAAAAACAUUAAGUAAACGUAUGAAAAUGUUAGGUAUUCCUCGAGUCCCGUGCAAUUUGCAUGACAAAAAAAGAUGAUUUUUAUCUAAUAUACGAUAAAUAUGAUUCUAUUCUAUGAAAGGAAGAGAUGCCAAGCCCCUUAAGUGAUCAAAUUCUGAAUUUUUGUGAGUCUGAACUUUUUCCAGAAAUACAAAAUUCAGAAGUUGCUUCUAGUUCAAAUGGCUGCUGUUAUGAUGAACAAUCCUCUUAUAGUACAAAUCUUGAUCUAAACAAAUUCCAAAGCACUAGUGAAAAGAAUGAUGAAACUAUCACAACCUCGACCAAAGCAGCCACCAGCACAACCGAUAACAAUAGCAACAACAAGGAUGACAACAAUAACAAUAACAGUCUGUCGAAAAUAUUUGAUACUCAAGAGGAAAUUGAGAAUGACAUUACUACUUCUAUAGACUUCACACCAUCCACAAACUUCAAUAUCCCUGACCAUUUCCUUCAACAACAAGACGAACAAUUCGACGUUAAUACCCUUAACAAUCACCAUUACCCUGUCACAGAUGUUAUUUCUGGUCCCUUAUCUCAUCAGUAUCGUCAAGAUCAGCCUCCUAUCGUUCCGCUUAUGGGACCUCCAUUAGGCCAUCUAUACGCAGAGGAAUCGUUGUCCUCUAUUCCUCCUUACAUGCGCGUCGUUACUUCAUCUCCUUCUUGUUCACUUCUUGAUCCUAUUAUAGGAAAUUACAUUCAAGGAAAUCUUAACACUAUAAUCCCGUCUGAUGCUUCAGCUGUAUUUGCUGCUGCUGCUGCUAAUAGCGCUUUGUUCUAUGGAUCCCAAUUGCCAAAUCAAGAAUUGGAAUUUCAAGAAGGGAAUAGUAGAAUUUUUUGCCCUGAUGCCUUGUCAAGGAUCUAUAACUGUUCUAUUGAGCUUCAGGCAAUCAGCAAUGAGAGUCAGCAUUUGGUUAGUGCUGUUGGUUGUUCUAACCCUUUGGCUGCAGAAGUUACAACUUUUGAAGAUCCUUCCUAUAAUAAAACUGGCAGGUGCUCAGUUGAGGAUAGGAGGGAGAAGAUUCAUAGAUACAUGAAGAAACGAAAUGAGAGGAAUUUCAGCAAGAAAAUCAAGUAUGCAUGCAGAAAAACACUAGCAGACAGCAGGCCAAGAGUGAGGGGAAGAUUUGCAAGAAAUGAUGAAUUUGGGGAAGCUGCAAGUAAAGCAAAUUCUUAUGGAAAUCAUGAAGAGGAGACAAGUGAUCAAGAUGUAAAGUUCAAUAGUAUUAUAUAUCAAGAUCCAAAUAUGGUUGCUGCUUCUACUCAUGAGAAUAAUGUUACUCACAAUGGUCGGAUUUUCAACUCCAAUAUUUGUCACAUAUCAACUGGUCCCUAUGAUAUGUAUACACCUCUCUAUUGUACAGAUGGUCAACUGCACUAGAGUUUUAUACAUCCCUGCAAUAUUUGCUGCUAUAACUCCUCUUCUGCACAUAACAGUUGCAAUACUGCAUAUGGAGGUGAAAGAAGAAGAGGUGAAAUCGUUGUGUAUAGUUCAACAUAAUAUUGGUGUGAAUACCUUCAAAAUCAACUAUUGCAUCCAGCUGCCAUCUUUAUUUUUAUAUGUUCUUGCAACUCUAUAUAUAUACAAUUUUGCAGGACUAUAUUUUCAAUAGGAUAUAUUAAUUAGUUGUGAACUAAAAUAGAAAAUAAAAGAAUAAUUUGUAAUAAUCUACUAAAUGUCCUGUAGUCAGGGCAUGUAAAUUUUGUAAAUGUUGUGCUAUUGUAAGUCAUACCUUUUGUUUUGUA